UGUGGUUUGUGGUUGGCACCUGCUGGCCGCAUCCCCUCCUCUCUCUCUCUCUCUCUCUCUCUCUCCUCUCUUCUCCGGUCUCCCCCUUCAGUCCAGACUUCUCCUUCCUUUCUCUUCUCAAUACCCUCUCUGUCUUCUCCUCCCUACUGACUAGAGCUUCCUUUACCUACACCACCUCUACUUGACUCUACAACCCUCUACACCGUCUACUACUCUACACCCCGCACUACUUGGUUCGAUACCUCCUUCAUCGGCGUAACGCCCCCUCUACAACCAUGUCCGUCGUCUCUCUCCUCGGGGUCAAAAUCGUCAACAACCCGGCGUCUUUCCUCGACUCUUAUCAAUUCGAGAUCACUUUUGAAUGCCUGGAACAGCUCCAGAAGGAUCUGGAGUGGAAGCUCACCUACGUUGGUUCCGCCACAUCCUCCGAGUAUGACCAGGAACUCGACUCCCUGCUAGUGGGGCCCAUCCCCGUCGGGGUCAACAAGUUCAUCUUCGAGGCCGACCCCCCGGACCUCAAGCGCAUCCCCACGUCCGAGAUCCUGGGCGUCACCGUGAUCCUCCUCACCUGCAGCUACGAUGGCCGCGAGUUUGUGCGCGUGGGAUACUAUGUCAACAACGAGUACGACUCGGAGGAGCUAACCCUCCAACCGCCCGCGAAGCCGAUCAUCGAGCGCAUCCGCCGCAACAUCCUGGCAGAGAAGCCCAGAGUCACCCGGUUUGCGAUCAAGUGGGACUCGGAGGAAUCUGCCCCCGCUGAAUACCCGCCCGACCAGCCCGAGGCCGAUCUGGUGGACGACAGUGCUACGUAUGGUGCGGAGGAAACAGAACUCGAAGCUGCUCUUAUCAAAGAGCUGCAGGAGUCCGAGCCCGCCAAGGGCGAAGAUCACGACAUGGAAGUCGAGGGCAACGAUGGUCCUGCCCCGAAGGAGGAGGAAGAGGAGGACAUCUCAGAUGCGGAGAGUGAGGACAUUGAGGACGAGAGUGACGACGACGAGGAGGAGCUUGAUGAGGAGGACGGCGACGAUGGCGACGAGGACGUCGAGAUGGGCGAUGACGCCGAACAGAAGGACAACAACAACCCCACGACCCAACAUCAGCCGGAACUGAUGGUCCACUAAACUGCCUCCACACGCUGGGAUCUGGUUAUCUUCUUCUCUUCUCUUCUCUUCUCUUCUCUUACUCUUUUGAUCCAUCCGUCGAAUGAUUUUAUGAUUGGGUUGCAACGUUUCAUGACAUAUCAUCUAUCAUAUCUUCAGGCUUUGCAGUACUUAGUAUAUGGCAUAGAACCAACAUAAUCAAACCGCUUGAA